AUAACAGUGUAAGAGGAAAAGAUAUGAGUUAUUUGGCACACUUGUUUGGCAUCAUAGCCUUCAUCCUCUUGCUCAUCUGGUUGUUGCAUUAUCGUGAAGGAAUUGAGUAUGAUUCAAACAAUGGAUUACGUGUCUUCAAUGUUCACCCAUUUCUGAUGUAUAGCUUCAUCUUUCUUGCUGGUGAAGCUAUUUUGGCAUUCCAAACCAUACCAAGUGAAAGGAAAACAAGAAAGUUUGUUCAUAUGACACUGCAUUUGGUUGCCCUAGUUCUUGGCAUUAUUGGGUUAAGUGCUGUUUUCAAGUUCCAUGAUAUGCGUCAUAUUCCCAACCUUUAUAGCCUCCAUUCAUGGAUUGGCAUUGCCACCUUUUGCUUGUUUGGACUCCAGUGGGUUUUUGGUUUGGUUGUGUUCAUGCUUCAAGCAGCAUCAGCCCCAACAAGAGCAAAGGUGCUUCCAUGGCACAAAGUUGGUGGAAGAGCACUGAUGUUCAUGGCAGUGUGUGCUGCUGAAACAGGGUUGAUGGAGAAGACCAGUUUCUUAACUAAUUUAGGACUGCUGAAGCCUCAUCACCGUGAAUCCAAUCUCAUCAACUUCACCGGUCUUGCCAUUCUCUUGUUUGGAGUUUUUGUUAACUUUUCUGUUGGAUUCUCACACCAUUAAUCAUUAAAUAUAAAUUGUAUUCUUUUAUCUUUCUUAAUUAUUCUUUACUCAUUAAAAUAAAUUGUUUCA